AUGCCAGUUUGGGAUCCUGCGAACUGCUCAAACCACAGCCAUCAAACCCUAAAGAGACCAAAGCCACACUUGCAGUUCCUCCAUGUACUUAUCCACUGGCGACCCUUGUAUGUUACACCUCCUUCUUCAGAGAGGGAGCCCCCGAAAAGGGCGGCUCUGGGCAAGGCUCGGUCCGCCCCCUCCCCGAGACUAAGCGGGGCCGGGGUCCCGAGGGGCGGAUGGGCCCCACGCCGCGGCUGGAGCGCAGCAUCCCGGGUUGGCCUCAACGCCGGCUUAUUCCUCGCGGCCGCCGAUACAAACCCUUCUCGCGCGGACGGGCUGCAACGCGUCCUGCUUUCGGGACGAAGGGCGCUCGGAGCGUUUGGUGCUGACCACCAGCGGGCUGCGGCGAUGCCUCGAGGGAGACAGAAGAGCAGGCGGGCAGGCAGACGCGGGCCGGGGCUGGGCCGGCGAGUCUUCUGCGGAAAGAGAACCCCAGUUCAGGAAAACAAGCCCCGCUUUCCAAGGGGACACCGCCCUUCCCUGGCCCGGGACCCCCCGGAUGCGCUGGCUGCACCCCUUCUGGCCCGCCAGGAGCGGCGCCCCCCUGCUCGAAGGGAACCCCCGGCGGCUUUGCAGCAGCCCAGCCGCUCCUGCCUGGCAAGCGCUCGGCGCCCGCGCGCCCCGGGUUGCAAAGCCAGAGCGCCGCGCGCAGAGACCAAGGCAGCCCCCGCCGCCCCUUUGCAGCCGCGCGGACCUGCGGCACCGGAGCCCAGCGCUGUCGCGGGGGCGGAAGGGGGAAGCGGCCGCGCUCGCAAGGGCUGCCGGGACUUGUGGGCCUGUGGGCCGGGGGAGCGAGGGCCCUUCCUGUGCCAGGGGCAGCCCUCUGGCCGGGGCAGGUGCAUGAGUCCGGGGCUGCGCUGGGGCGCCCUGGAGCCAUCCGACCUCCCUUUCGGGGCCUUUCCGAGCAAAUGCGAUCGCUGGUGGGUGCGCAAAGUUGAAGUGGUGCCCCCCGGUGAGGGAGGCGAGGCGGGGGAGUCUGGCGAGGAAGCCGUCCUGCACUACGAGGGGCGCAUCACGGAACUGCUGGCCACGAUUGCCCGUCUCCAGGGGAAGAUCGAGCGCCUGCAGCAAAACAAGGCCAGGGAGGAGGAGAAUUUUUCCGAUUUGGGCUCCGAGUCCACAGCCAGCCUCCCCCGAUGCCCGCCGCUCUUUGCCAGCUGGACCAGGAGCCCGUCUCCACCUCCAGCUGGUCCGGAAGACGGCAAGGCUGACCUGUUCCGUGAUGUGCACAAGGCCGUCACCGCUCUCGAGAACACGGUCCUUUCCUACCGGAGUCGCCUUCCCAGCGUAGAAGCUGAGCUGGAGGGAUGUGCCCAGGUGGCUGAGGGGUGCAGGGGAAAGACGAGCAAGUCCUUUGAUGUUGGCACAUCGGCAGCAGGCACUGCCUGUGUUUUCUCGGAGGGCCUAGAAGCCAGGCUGGGGAAACUCCGCCUGGGCAGCUUAGGGUCCUUCCACCAGGAGGCUCUGGAACCCACCCACGAGAGGAAAAUCGGCCUCUACAAGGAGAGGAACGCGGCCCUCCGAGCCGAGCUGGGCGCCAAGGAGGAGACCCUGAGCCGGUCCAAGGCCUCCCUCUCGGCCUACCAGGAGGAGCGGAGCAAGCUUCAGCGGAAGGUGGAAGAGCUGCAGGAGAGCCUGUCCAGGGUGGAGGUCUGCUCGGAGGGAGCCCCCAGCCCGCGUGGGGAAGGAGAGCCACGGGGAGUCCAGGUGCUGGAGUCAGAGCCACCUCCGGGCACAGGCGGGCGGUGGUUUCGGCACCCAAAUCGAAAGGAAAGGGGUUUCUUCCCUAACAUCUGGUCUUUCCCCCACUUUUUUGAUCCCUCAGGGGCUGCUCAGAACGGGCUCCAUCCUCUCCGGGGGGCCACCGGCAUCCAGCCUGCCCACACCCUGUCAGCCUCUGACGGCAGCCUGGAGCAGCUCCACAGAUCCGUGGAGAGGCUGAGCAGGCUCAACCGGCUGCUCUCGGGGGCGCUGCAGGAGUCCAAGACGGAUGCGGAGCGCAUCAGCCUGCUGCUCGGCCGCCGGGAGUCCGACCACGCCGCCUUGGCCCUGGCUGUCCGGUGCAGCGAACGCUGCCUGGAGGCCUACGAGACCCUGUGGAAGCUGACGGUGACGGAGCCAGAGCCGCGCCCAGAGACGGAAGGAGGGGCGCCCAGGGCAGGUGAGGCCACCCAGAGGCGGGGGGCGUCUCUCCCCCACUACACAGCUGCUGGCUGGGUCCCGCUCCUCGUCUCCCUCCCCGGCCCUAAAGGGGUGCCCAGCAACGCCAACCCAGCAUUGGACACAGCUUUCCGUUUCUUGCAAGCGUGCAGCACGGCCAGCCAGAGAUCCUGGGAGCAGGGUGGCAUCCAAGAGAGUUCUCCAGAGGUGCUUGGUUCGGGGGAGGCAGCCAAGGAGAGGCUGCGGGAACGCAUCAGGCGCCUGCGGGCUGAGCUGGGGUCUCUGAAGCUGCCCGCCCAUCAGCUGUCUCCCGGAUUGGACUCUGUGGCUGCCAGGCUCAAUGCAGGGAUCAGGGCCAAGGUGGCAGAGGGCCGGAGGGCCGUGCGGGAGGUGCUUCCUGGCCUGGCCAUGCAGCCCAAGAUGGAAAAGGCCCAGCUGCUGCGAGAGCUGCACGCCGCCCGGGUGAGCAUGCAGGAAAAGGGGAGCGGGCUCCAGUCAUCCCUGAAUGGGAGAAAAGCCAACUGGGGGUGGGGGAGAAGGAGAGAGUGGCAGUGGUCGUCUGCCCUCCAAGGGGGAUGUAACUUAGCAGCCACCACCAGCUCAGCUGCUCAAAGAAAGGGCUGUGUUGGGUUAGUGCUGCCAACCUCCCGUAGCGCUUGCGACCAGCUUCUGAAUCGGGCCAAGGCGAGUCUCCGGGCCCCGGGCCCUGCGCUGAGAGUAAUCAGAACACGACAGAGCGAAGGGGCUCGGCUGCUGCAGCUGAUGAGCACAGAUCGCCUUCUCUGGGGGACCCCGAGCACCUCUCCCACGUCUCUCUGCCCUGGGAGCGUCCAGGGCAGGCUGUCUCGGGGCCCUUCUCUUCCCUCCAGAGCUCUCCUUUUGCCCAGCCAGGAGGGCUUGGCUGACCUGGGCACCAGGCUGCAUCUCACGGCGAAGGAGAAGCAGGGGCUGGAGCUCUGGACGCACACGCUGCAGGCUCGGGAGGCCGCCUGCCUGCUGGUGAUCCAGACCUUGCAGCAGGAGCACCGAGAGCGCCGCGGACAGCGGCCUCCCUCCUCCGGAAGCGGCAGCGGCAGCAGCGGCAGCGAGGGCGGCUCUGGGGUAAAAGGCUUGCCCGGUCCCCUUCGUCCCCAUCCCGGACGCCAGGUGGGCCCCUCCAGGGAUGCUGGAAAGCUCGUCUCCCCAGCCCGGGAGCUGCUUGUGCCGCACACCCCAAACUUCGGGUCGCUCUGGACCUUGUUUCCAGAAAGGGACGGGUCUGAGCAUACUCCUGUUGGUAUUCGUAAGAGGUCCCUUCCUGCUGCAUCCGAGCCUGUUGGUGGAAGCCUGGCCAAGAUGGAGCCGGAGGCACUGAUGCUCAGAUUACUGGACACUUUGGCUCGGAUCCGGGUGCUGAAGGAUCGGCUCGAGACCCUUCUCACUGACCUGGAGGAGAGGAGCCACGACUGCAAGGCCCACGAGGCACAAGAAAUGGCGCUCGUGCAGGACUUUUUCGAAGCACACAGCUCCCUGCUCUUCGCCUACCAGAAGGCCCGCAGGAAGCAGGACAGCCGGGUGGGGCAGCUGGAGACCCAGAUGGGGCUGAUGAGCGGGCGCCAGGCCAAGCAGCGCCAGGCCCUGAUGCAAACCCUCCAGCAGCGGCAGGACCAAGUGCCCGCGGGCGUGCUGACCAGCCUCCCCCAAGCCCCGGCAUUGGACGCGGGAACGCUGGACCUGCCUGGGAGUUUGGAAGCCAUGCCCUUCUCUGCGGAGGAGAAAGUGAGGCUUCCUGGGCAGGCACAAACGCGCUGGCAGGCCACCAACAGGGGGUCCCCGACGGUCAAUCCCCUCUGAAGACCCAGGGCGUCCCCUCCCAUCUCUUCAAGGGGGGACCCUCACGCCACCACCCUGCCCUUCCGGACCAGAGAUACUCAGACUUCAAAAACGGGGAUGGCGCCAUCGUUGUCCUUGGGGGCUGCUGGACCACGCAGCAUCCCUUCCUGGUGUGUGAAGAGCCCUCGGCCUGUCACAAUUUUUGGAAGCCUUUGUGGGGUUCGGGCUUUCUCAGAAGCUCUCAGGGACGCAAUGGCUUUCUCACCCCUUGCAGUCGUCCGUUGAAAAGGUCCUGGUCAUCUGCCUCCCAAUUGACCUUCAUCUGCAUAACCAGCCUUUUCCUCCCUGCCCCCCCCCCAGUUUAAAUCCUCCAUUAGUCUAGCCCAGUGUUUCUUAACCGUGGCAACUUUAAGAUGUGUGGACUUCAACUCCCAGAAUUCCCCCAGCCAGCAUUGCCCACACAUCUUAAAGUUGCCAAGGUUGAGAAACACUGGGCUAGCCCCUCUGUGCAUCUGAUGGAGCUCAGAAAAACUUAGGCCCUUUCACAAAAUGUGUACAGCAGUGAGAAAAGAUCCCCCCCAGGGUCCUUUUGGUUUUC